AUGACUGACGAUCCAGACUCGCCCCAUAGGCGUUUUCUCCGUGCUCAGACUGCUUCGAGUCUACAAUAUCCAACUCUUCCACCCCUCACAGCUUCUGUCGAGGAGUGGUUGUCCCGUUCACGGCCCACCAAUAUGACGUCAGAUCGACUCACUGAUCAUUCACCCAAGACACUGAGUGAUAGCUGGGCGACUCUGAGCGUGUCUGAUAUACGCUCAGAGGAUGGCAGUCACUCCGAACAAACUGAUACAUGCUCGUUGAUCGAUCAGGCCAGCCCUGACGACGUUUCAAGCCUCGAUGGACGCUACAGCGGUAGCGAGGCCGAGGCACAGGAUGAAGACAACCAAGAGGAUGAUGGGAUAGACAGGGAUGAAGUGCAGUGCACUGAAUCGGCCUCCCAGGAGCUGCCUGCCCUCUUUGCUGCCAGACGAACCACGAUCGAUGACAGUACCACGACCACAAAACCCUCCUUCCCCCGAACCAGUGAUUCGAUCGAAUUUGUGGAGCCUGAGAAGUGGCCCGAGAUCGAGAGAGUGGAGCUCAAGCAUACUAUCCGCAUCUUCGAAGGUGCUGCAGCCUCAGAGUUGAAGAGUCGGCUGCCCUACAACUCAACCGACUCCAUUCUCAUGGCCACGGUUCAACAGACCAUGACGAAGCAGAGCCUCGACCUAGAUAAACCUUUCCGCGUGCUCUACGUCGGACAACCGGGAUUCCGAAACAUUAUUCUGGACAAGAUCGGCGAUGUUCUGGUAUCAAGCUCAUGUGCUGGUUCGGAGCCCAGCUCGGCCGAAUCUUCCCGAUAUCAUGUUGUGCCAACCUCGUUUGGCGCCGGAGCAGUUCCUAACUUUGCGGAACUUCUUCCGAUCCAUGUCCAGCUAGUGGUUGACGAAUGCCUAGAAGCCACAGCUGAUACCCACGCGGACCGACCCAGUACACUCAACCUGAAGUUCAAGAACCGACCUGUCUGCACUUCAGCCUGGAAUGGGUCUGACUACCAUGUAACAUCUGCAACUGAUUGGACUCUACCAGAUGUGGCAAUUCUCUUUGUCUCUGGCCUCGAUGAUGCAGCGGCCGCCAAGACCCAGCGUCUUGCUCACAUGUUCCUGGAACGUCAUGGAGUCCCCGCGAUGGUGAUCUCGGAGGAGCCACUGUGGAAUAUGGCUGGAGAGGCGAUUCCUCUUAAUCACAACAGUCUACACACAUGUUUGGAGUCCCGCAAUCCAGUUUCCGGGGAGACCGCAGUCCUCCGACGGUAUCCUAUCGAUUUGAAGACCUUCGAGAGCAUCACACCUGGUCAGUUGAAUCGAAACCUGGCUUCUCUUGUCGGCCUGUAUCCAAAGAAGGGAUACAAAGUGACUUCGGAUACCCCCAAGCCUCUCCAGAGAAACAUAUUUGCGGAUCUCGAGAAGUAUCCUGGUAAUUGGCUCCCGCCUUCCUAUGCCAUACGGGUCCGGGAGCUGGCUCCCACCCUGCGUCUGGUUACUUUAACUCUCGUUUCGGCCAUUGCCAUCUCUAUUGGGUAUGCGGCUGUCAAAGUUCUGGUCGUCUUUUUGGCACAAUGCUUUGCUGGAUCAGCUCUAUCCAAUGCAUCCUUCCCAGUGGCAUCUCACGUUUCUCCCACCUCCGUCCUGACCCUGAAUCGAGUGGCACAGCCCUCCAUCUCAACACGAUCGUCAUCGUCAAUGCGGCUAUUGUAUGUGCCCUCUUCGGGAAAUCCAAUACCCGAGGAUGUCACAGUGCCAACUAUUUCUACUGUGAAAUCAUGGGGAACGACGAAUGAAUUUGAGAUUCAGGUUGUUGGAGACUGCCAUGUUAUCAUCAAACCCCCACAUAAGUUUGCAUCCAAGAAACAGCCACAAUUCAAUGUGAGCGUUCACCGAGAGAACGAGGCUCUUACAUACGAGCUGUCACAGCUGUUUGAUGGAGUCUACACGCUGAAGCUGAACCGCGAGGAUGCAUACGGGUUAGUCAACUUGACGAUCACAACCAAGUCAAGACAGCCAAUCAGCCAGACCAUCACUGUUGACUUCGGAACCCCAUGGCUGAAGAUUGCAAACUGGAAGCGUGCAGCACAGGAAAUUUCUUCCCAAUUUGCCAAGGAAAUCCAUACGGCUCAGACCGGCCUAACUGAGGUAUACGGCCGCCUCUCUACAGACUUACAAGUGAUCGUGGGAGAUGUGGUGAAGAGAGCCCAUUUCUUGCGCCGCGAUGCCGAGGACCUACGGCGUGAGAGUCUGAAUACCCGUGAUGCCGUUCUAUCACGUUCGAAGCAAAUUUCAGAAGUCCUGACUCGCAAUACUAUCCAGCGAUUCCGAAGUGUUUCUUCUGUGCUGCAAAUGCGGUCUAGUCGCGUGAACAAGGAAGCCAAGGGCCUUGUUCAUGAUGCAUGGAGCCGACUUGGGAAGUCAGCCACAAAGCUUGACCUCCACAGUAUGAUGGAUCGAGUGCGCAACGUUAGGAAAUGUGAUGCGCUAGAUCGCGCUCAGUCGCGUGCGCGAUAUGUUAUGGGAUUCCGGUCCGGCAAAUCCGCAGAUUGCUCAACUCCUGGCUCUCGAAAUGAUGAAUGA